AUGUUAGAAGAAGACUCAAUGACUGGUUCUUUCUUCGAACCUUCACCCUUUCAGACGGCACAGAUUCAGUCUAUGGGUAAUGAAGGGGACGUUAAUUCUCUCUCCUUUAUGACUGAUUCUUUCAACGUAAACAUGAAUAUUGGGGGAAAUCCAUGGGAUCCUCCUUCAGCAAACGGAAUAGAUGUAUCAAAUAUUCUAUCGGACGUUUCUUUGCCAGAAGUUUAUUCUUCAGCUUUUACACUCGCUCAACAUGGAGGAAGAGUUUCUAUUUCCGCUUUGAAUAAAAUUUUAGGCGUUAGUGGACUUCCUCACGCGACAAUGGAAAAAAUUUUAAAUCUGACCACAUCAGCUAAUAGCACUCGGAUCAAUCGAGGAGAAUUUAACGUUGCACUUGCGUUAGUGGCAUUAGCACAAAAAAAUAUGGAUCUUCCUGAACCAAUUUUUACAAAUCUCGAAAGCGUUAAUUUCAAUCGAAAUUUGAGUUUUUCGACAUUACCACGUCCAUCCAUGAACUCUAUUCCGGCUGAUGAUCCAUGGGCCAUUUCUCCUUCCCCUUCUGCUAAUGGAUAUACAACUGUACCAUUUUCUACAGAAGUUCCUGUAUCAAUUUAUCAAUCUCCAGUUACCCCUCAACCUGUUUCUAAUACGAGUCUUACUAUACCUAAAGAAGAUGAAUUUCAUUGGUUUAUGGAUAUGGAUGUAAUUACUGUAAAAUUUGCGCCAGAAAGAGAAGGAUUUCUCUUUAAACAUGUAAAUUAUAUUGUGGAAUCUCAACAACGAGGAACUAAAGUUGUUAGAAGAUAUAGCGAUUUCUGGUGGUUAAUGGAAUGCCUCAUAAAAAAAUAUCCAUAUAGAAUUUUACCUGCUCUUCCACCUAAAAAAAUUGGAGCCAACGGAUUUUAUUUCACAGUUGAUGAAACUUUUCUGGAGAAACGACGGAAAGGAUUGACCAGAUUCCUGAAUUUUAUUGCAAGGCAUCCUGUUCUAAAAGAUGAUGAACUCGUAGAAAUAUUUCUUAAAGAACCAAUAGAGAUAGCAACUUGGCGUAAAAAUAAUUUACCAGAUUUGGAAGAAGAAUAUUUAAAGAAGACAAUUACACCUGAAAUAGAACAACGUAUACCAACUGAAUUGAAAGAAAGGUUAAAUAAAGUAUAUAAAAGAUUAGAUGAUAAUAUUGAACAUUAUAGAAACAUUUGUAAUAUAAUGGAGCGUAUCGCUCGUCGUCAAGAAGGAAUGUCAACUGAUUACAUGCGAUAUAGUUUAGCAUUGCAUUCAUUGAUCGAGCAAGAAAAAGGAUGUUACCGUGAAGAUUGCACUGGUUGUGGUCAAGUAAAACAAGGUUUAGAGGAAAUUGCAACACAUUUUCAAAAGACAAGUACAAUAAUGGAAGAGGCGGCUACGGCAACACUUGAAACAGUUUUGGAAAAUUUGAAACGACACCGGGAUUUACUUGUAUCAUUUAAAGAAACAUUUGAAAGAAAAAAUAAAUUAAAUGACGAUUCAAUUGAGACUCUUAAUAAUCGAAUAAAAGCCAAUCAAGCAAAACUUGCUCCAUUAAAAGAAGGGGUAGAUCCGGAAGCAGAAAGAUUGAACACAGCAAUUCAAAAGAACUUUGUUAAUGAUCAAAUUAAAUAUUCCCAUCAACUCAAUGAAAAUUGGAGAUUGUUAAAUCCAAAAGUUUAUGAGAUGCCGGUCGAAACAAGUGGAUUUAUUUAA